AUGGACGAAAUCUCAGCAUCAUCAUCUUCUUCUUCUUCAACCUCCUGCGGAGAAGCGAUCGACGGGCAGUUGCAAGUGGAGAUUUACCGUACCGUACCUGGCCGUAGGUACAGGAACGACAAUAUUCCUCCGCAAUCGCAUCAUCGCAUGGGAACACUCAACCCCUCUCAGACCUCUCAGACCUCUCAGACCUCUCAGACCUCUCCCGAGACAUUCUGGAACGAGCCACCGCGUCACGCAUGGAUAACCAGUGGCCACGAUCCCGUGGUGAGUCGCCCGUACCUGGCGAUCGGGCGCUGGGCGCGUUCCGGGCCUCCACCGCGUGGUGGGAACCUGAAACUGCAGGCCUCCUUCACGCCGCGCACCCUGGUCAGGGCCAGAAACGGUCGGCUACUGCGAACUGUUACCUACAUACCUAGUAUCUAG